AUGAAAGUAAAAAAAAUUGCAGUGAUUGGUGCUGGGGUCAGUGGAUUAGGUGCCAUUAAGAGCUGCCUGGAAGAAGGGCUAGAACCUGUGUGUUUUGAAAAAACCAAUGACAUUGGAGGACUAUGGAGAUACAAGCACAUAACAGAAAACGGAAAUCCUGGGAUAUACAAGUCCUUGACCUGCAACACUUCCAAAGAGAUGACAGCCUUCAGUGACUACCCUUUCCCUGACCACUAUCCCAAUUAUCUGCACAAUUCCAAACUGAUGGAGUAUCUCAGAAUGUAUGCCAGCCACUUUCAUCUUAUGGAACACAUCCAGUUCCUGUCAAAGGUGUGCAGUGUGAAGAGGCACCCUGAUUUUUCAUCCUCUGGCAAGUGGGAUGUUGUGGUAGAAACCAAUGGGGAGCAGAAAACCUAUGCCUUUGAUGGGAUCAUGAUUUGCAGUGGCCAUUACACUGAACAAUAUUUGCCCUUAAGUGAUUUUCCAGGGAUCAAGAAUUUCAGAGGUGACUAUCUCCACACUUGGGCAUACAAGAAUCCAGACAGUUUUUCUGGGAAAAGAGUUGUUGUGGUUGGCAUUGGGAAUUCUGGAGCAGAUGUGGCUGGUGAGAUCAGUAAUGUUGCUGAACAGGUCUUCCUCAGCACAAGGCGAGGUGCAUGGAUAUGGAACCGGGUUUGGGAUAAUGGAAAUCCCAUGGAUACCAUACUGUUCACCCGUUACAAUAGGCUAAUUGAAAAAUUCUUGCCCACAUUCAUGAUCAACAAAUGGGCAGAGGAUAAAUUAAAUGCAAGAUUUAACCAUGCCAAUUAUGGGCUCCAGCCUAAACACAGGUUUCUCAGCCAUCAGUCUACUUUGAGUGACAAUCUGCCCAACCACAUCAUUGCUGGAAGAGUGCUGGUGAAACCAAACGUGAAAGAGUUCACUGAGACCUCCGCCAUCUUUGAGGAUGGUACAGAAGAGAAAGUUGAUGUUGUUAUCUUUGCCACAGGCUACACAUUUUCUUUCCCUUUCUUGGAGAGUGAUCCAGAAAUUCUGGACAGCCAGAAUUCUAGGUUCAAAUUUGUCUUCCCUCCUCAGCUAGAGAAGCCAACACUAGCUUUCAUUGGCAUCCUGCAGCCCAUAGGAGCUACCAUUCCCACAUCAGAACUCCAGAGUCGAUGGGUUGUACGUGUGUUCAAGGGACUGCAAACACUACCCCCAGUGAGUGACAUGAUAGCUGACAUCACCAGGAAGAGAAAGAAAAUGGAAAAAGAAUUUGUGAAAAGCCCAAGACAUGUACAUCGAGUGCAGUAUAUCCACUACAUGGAUGAAAUUGCUUCUGAAUUAGGCGUCAAACCCAACCUGUUCUCUCUCUUCCUCUGGGAUAUGAGGCUGGCAAAGGAGAUUUUCUUUGGGCCCUGCACCCCAUAUCAAUACCGUCUACAGGGGCCAGGGAAAUGGGAUGGGGCCCGGCAAGCCAUUCUCACUCAAAGAGAACGGAUCCUCAAACCCCUGAAAACACGUGUAGUUGAACAUCCUGUGCCUUUUUCCUCUAGCCUGCCUUGGGCCAAAAGUAUCUGUGUUGUCUUUUUUCUCUUGGUUCCCGUUUUUGUCAUCAUACUAGUGAUGUACAAUUAA